AGCAGGGCCGUGACAUUGCACAUCACACAUGACGUAGCCAAAUACAGCGGUGACGUUUGAUCUCUCCUCCCGUUGCCAAGCGCGAGUGUGUUCUCUCCAGUGGCUCGAGUGAAAGCGGGGACGUUCGCAACAUCAGACCAUGGACACGCCAGGAGUUGGCUGUAUUGCACUCGCUGACUUGUGGUAUUCUACAUUCUGAUGUGGCAAUGAAAUGGUGGUCUUCCUAAAUGUGGAUUAAAGGACACUGAGUUUCUGCAUUUGGAUUAAGGCGUCCGUCACAAGCGAUUACCCUGUUUUUUAAAAAAAACAUUUCAAGCGCUGCUCGUUUUUAUUUUGUUCUUUUGUUUCUGAGGGGUGAUUUUUACAUUUAAGAAUAAUUCGACAACGUUACAAGAAACAGAUUUUCUGAGAACUUCGUAGGCCACAGAAGCCAAACUAGCUUAGAAGGAUGAAUUCCAUACGACAGGUGCCCUCGCGGGUGAAAAGCAAAAGGACGGAAACUCAUUUGGGAGCGGAAAGAGAGCACUUUGAAAGACAGCAGCUCAGCAGCAUCAGCAAAGCAAUCACCUCCACUGAGACGCCAGUGAAGGAGAAACAUGCCCGCAGGAUCAUUCUGGGCACCCACAGGGAGAAGGGGGCGUUCACCUUCUGGUCCUACGCCGUGGGAAUCCCUCGCCACUCCAACGCCAUCCUCAGCUGGAAGUUCUGCCAUGUGCUCCACAAAGUGUUACGAGACGGACACCCCAACAGCUUACAAGACUGCAUGAGACAUCACAGCAACAUUGUUGAAACUGGAGCAAUGUGGGGAAACCAGCGGGAUCGCCAUGGCUACGCUCAGCUCGUGUCCCAGUAUUCCAAGCUCCUGUGCACCAAGAUGGAGUUCCACACCAAGGUGAGAGCCCCUCCCACUUAUCGUCUCCAAGCCCCCCUUUUGUUUCGGGGGGUGGGGGGGGACAUGAACUCAUGGUUCCAGCUGACUGUGGAGGUGUUUGACUACAUGGACGCAGAGCUGAGGGUAGCAGAAGCAGUACUGCGUCAGCUGAACACAUCUAUCGCCAUCUCCACGAUGACCUCGGGUCAGUGCCGCCUGGCUCCCCUCAUCCAGGUGAUUCAGGACUGCAGCCAUCUGUACCACUACUCCGUCAAGCUGCUGUUCAAGCUCCACGCCUGUUUGCCAGCAGAUACGCUGCAAGGCCAUCGAGACCGCUUCCUGGAUCAGUUCCACAGCCUGAAGACUUUCUUCAACAAGGCCAGAGACAUGAUCUUCUUCAAGAGGCUCAUCCAGAUCCCUCGUCUGCCUGAUUCCCCUCCUAACUUCCUGCGUGCGUCGGCCCUGGCGGAGCACGUGAAGCCCAUGGUGGUGAUCCCUGAUGAAGAGGAGCCGGAGGAGGCCGAAGAGGACGAGCCUGAAACUCUGAUCGACGUCAGUGAGGCUCCGCCCCCCAGCAUGGCUGCACAGCCCCAGGUUGACAUAUUUGACCAGGCGUUCGGCCCCCCCAACAACGGCUUCGAUGACCGGGACCUGCAGAUUGAAAGCCUCAGACGGGAGAUUGAGCUGCUGAGAGCAGAGCUGGAGAAGAUCAAAGGAGAGGCCCAGCGCUACGUGACGCAGCUCAAGUCUCAGAUCAACAGCCUGGAGGCGGAGCUGGAGGAGCAGCGGGUGCAGAAACAGCGCGCCCUGCUGGAGAACGAGCAGCUGCGCAUGGAGCUGGAAGCCACACGCCGCCGCAACGCAGAACACGAGGGACUGCAGAGCGUCUUCACCGAGGCUGAGAAGAAAGCCCAGUCCACUGAGGAGCGAUACAACAAACUGAAGGAGAAGCAUGUAGAGCUGGUGUCCCAUCAUGCCGAGCUGCUUAGGAAGAGUGCUGAUACAGUGAAGAUCCUGUCAGCCACCCAGCAGACUCAGGAGGAGGUGGAGAGGACCAAACAGCAGCUGGCUUUUGAAGUGGAGCGUGUACGACAGGAGGCUGACAUGAAGUUGGAGGAGCAGAAGUUCGAGAUGGAUAAACUUCGAAGGGAGUGCGAGGAGAAAAACACAGAGAUGGCACGCAUCAAGAGCACGAUGGAGACCAACACAAAGGCGGACCAGGAGCGCAGCACCUCCUUGGUGUCGCUGCAGGCGGAGAAGGAGCGUCUGAUGCGUAGCGUGAGCGAGAAGGAGGCGGAGCUAUCGGCCGUGAGACACGCCCACCAGCAGAAGGAGAGCGCCCUGCAGCAGGACCGUGAACGCAGCACCCAGGAGAUGGACCAACUGCACAGCAAACUCAAGGAGAAGCUGACUCGAGAGGAGCAGCUGCAGCAGAAGCUGCUGGAGGAACAGUACUCCCUGCUCCAGGGCACGGUGACCGAGGCGGAGAGCAUCAUCCAGGACGCCCUGGCCAAGCUGGACGACCCCCUACACAUCCGCUGCACCAGCUCACCAGACUACCUGGUGAGCCGAGCUGAGGCCACGCUGGGCUCCAUUGAUAAGGUGAAGGCGGGACAUGCCGACUACGUGAAGAACAUGAGUGAUGCCGGUGGCCUACUGAGAGCUCUGACUCAGUUCUCCCACCUCACGGCGGAUACCAUCAUCAACGGCAGCGCCACCGCACACACGGCACCGAUUGACCACGCCGACCGUCUGACUGAGAACUGUAGGGGUUGUGCAAAUAAGAGUCUGGAGUUCCUGAGGGAUUUGAAGUCUAAAGCCUCACUGAGAUCUGCGGAUCCUGCAGCCAUACGCGUAAUAGUGCAGAAGAUCCUAAUGCUGGGACAGGAGCUGAGGCCCAAGGGGGCUGACGUGGGGAAGGACGAGCUGGGUGAUUUGGUGGAUAAGGAGAUGUCUGCCACGUCUGCCGCCAUCGAGGAGGCUGUUCGGCGAAUCGAUGAAAUGAUGAACCAAGCCAGGAAGGAUACUGAGGGGGUCAAACUAGAGGUCAACGAGAGGAUCCUGUUCAGCUGCACGGACCUCAUGAAGGCGAUCCGUAUGCUGGUGGAGGCCUCCACUGAGCUGCAGAAGGAGAUCGUGGAAGGGGGACGGGGCGCUGCGUCGGAGAAAGAGUUUUACGCCCGAAACUCCCGCUGGACCGAAGGACUCAUCUCUGCCGCUAAAGCUGUGGGCUGGGGUGCCACUCAGAUGGUGGACUCUGCUGAUAAGGUGGUGUUGCACACAGGGAAGUACGAGGAGCUGAUCGUCUGCUCUCAUGAGAUCGCUGCCAGCACCGCCCAGCUGGUGGCCGCCUCAAAGGUGAAAGCUGACCGCAACAGUAAGAAGCUGAGCACUCUCCAGGUGGCCAGCAGGCAGGUGAAUGAGAUGGCCGCUAAGGUCGUGGCCUCCACCAAAACAGGCCAGGAGCAGGUGGAAGUAAAAGACACUAUGGACUUCUCUGGCUUGUCCCUCAUCAAACUCAAGAUGGAGGAGAUGGAGUCUCAGGUGAAGGUCCUGGAGCUGGAGUCUCAGCUGGAGAACGAGCGCUUGCGUUUGGGCGAGCUGCGCAAGAAGCACUACGUGAUCGCAGGGGUUCCCCAGGAGGAUAACAACGGCCACCUGCGCGCCCCCUCCCCCUCCCCCUCCCCGCGCGCCCCCUCCCCCACCCCAGGGGGCGCCCCCGCCCCCUCCUCACCCAAGCCCUCCAAGCCAUCCCUCAUGAAGAAGCCCCCCCUGGCCAGCAAGCCCACCAUCGCGCCCAAGAGUGCGUUCAGGUAAGCUGAUGGAGGCCCGGAUGCUGAUGCUGAUGCUGAUGCUGAUGCUGACGCGGACCGGGACCGAGGUCCGAAGAGGAACCCUCCUCUCUCCAUCCCCAAUCUGCCCAUCCUUAUCACUCCUCCUCUUCACUUCUUCUCUCCACUCC